UUACGAGUACAUCAACACACGACUUGUAAGAUUUUUUUAUUUUCGAACUAGUUUUCCCCAAAAUACAACCGAAAUUUGUUCUGACCGAGCGCCUUACUUUUAUCCAUUUUAAAAAUUUUUGUGGAUCCCUUUUUCCUGGCCAAUUUCAAACCAUUUAAAAAUUAGCCGUUUAAUUCGAAAUUUUUUUGGCGAACCCAGAAGAAAGUGAGAGUAAGAGAUGCCCGUAUUUCCGAGGAACCUACAAUCGAUGCGCCAUUUGGCCAAACGCAGUCACCGCCCACUGACCACCAUUUCGGCGGGUCUGGAGAAGGGUCAACAAGGUGCGAUCGGGGGCUCCUGGUACAAGGAUUGGCCGUUGCGAGAGGAGAGCUAUGCGGCCGCCCAGCUCCUUCGGCAGAAGCAACAGAGCCGCCAGUGGAGCAACAGUGUCGCCCGGCUGGACUCUGCCAUGUUUCGGCCCGUGACCAAGCCGGAUGAGUGUGUGCCACGGCGCAACAAUGUGGUUGCCGCCCAGAACGCGGCCAAGAGGCGGAACUAUAAAUCCUACUAUAACGACACCGAUGCCUACAUGUCGGAGCAGCAGAACUGGGAGGCGAAGCAGUCGAUGGAGCAGCAGCAGCAGCAGCAGCAGGAUGACGAUGGCCAAACGAAGGCCAAGGCGGAGGAAGACUAUGACUACGAAUCGGAUCUGGAGAUCAGAUCCGUUCGGGAGACCGUCUUCGGUCCGCCGGAGGACAAUACGGAGGAGGAACGGGAACGAGCCCUUGCCGACCAGGAGCUACUUAAGCGGGUGGUCGUCGCCACGAAGCCGUUCGACGAUCCGAAUCGAGCCUCCAUCUCCCGGAAGGUCAUCUCGCCGUACAACUCCUAUCGCAGCCAUCGCAAUCGCUGGGCGGAGUUCCGGCACAGCAUGAUCUUCGGUCGAUCGAGCUACUAAAACCAACCAGAUCCCGAUGGGCAUCUCUCUCUUCGGAAAUCGCAGGUUUUCGUUUUCCCCAACUGAAUUCACCUUUUCCAUUGUAUGUAGGGGCUCGCUUAUUUCAAGAAAGGACAAAUAAAUUUAGUCUUCCAAAUUA